AUGGCGUGUUCCGAAGUACAGCAGAAGGUGCUCCGUAUGGAGUUGGACAAAGGUGGUGCAUUCGAUUUCUCGAAUUGUAUUCGUAACAUGGCACUGGCGAGGAUGGGAGCGCCUCCACCGAGAGUGCGCUCAACGGGUACCACAAUCGUUGCUGCUACAUACAAGGUUAGUUCCCGGAGGGCUGGUGAUGGGAGCCGAUUCCCGUGCGGACGGCCGGUAAUAUUAUCGCCGACAAGCACUGUGAAAAAAGUCCACUAUUUAACGGACUCGAUUUAUGCGUGUGGAGCUGGAACAGCUGCAGAUUUGGAUCAGGUGUGCAAAAUGCUGUCGGGAACAUUGCGCCUCAUGGAACUUAACACAGGAAGAAAAGCUCGAGUUAUAACUGCUCUCCGUCAUGCUAAACAGCAUCUGUUCAACUAUCAAGGCUACGUAGGAGCGUAUCUGCUUAUAGGGGGAGUCGAUCCUACGGGGCCACAUUUGUACGAAUGCUCGGCUAAUGGAACAACGAUGGCUAAGCCGUUCGCUGCUCAGGGUUCUGGAAGUUACGCAGCUAUUUCUAUCCUGGAAAGAGAUUUCAAGCAAGACAUGUCGGAAGAGGAGUGCACUGCUCUUGUGCAGCGUGCCCUUCAAGCUGGUAUGCAUGGAGAUAACGCAUCUGGAAAUAGCUUGAACAUCGUCAUCAUGCGACCAGGGAAAACUGAAUUCAAGGUAGGAGUUUUGCAGCAUCUAAAUUCGGAAUAA